GAACCUCUCCUCUCGUCUCUACAAUUUUAUCUUUCUACACAUGACUCCCAUUUCUGGUUAUGUGUGUAGUGAUCAGAGAUGGUUCAUAACUCUGGUGAACUCUACUAUCUUGGGAUGUCCAAAACAAAACUCUGAGUCCUUCUGGGCUGCUAAUUCUUCUUGUCUUCAGCGCUUGUUGGAGUACAAAAUUCCAAAACUCAUCCAGAUGAAGGCACCUGCUGAAUAUGAAUCUUUCAGGAACUUUAUCACCGGUACUUGGCCGCUUGUCUCGUCUGUCAAUAUUGGAUUUUAUGUGGAACAACAUAAGUGGGAGUAUACCAAAAGAGAUUGGCAAUAUCAAAACCAUGGAGCUCUUGCUCUUGAAUGGGAACCACUUUUGACAGGUUCCUUGCCUGAUGAUCUUGGCUCUCUGCCAAAACUUGACAGGAUUCAAAUUGACGAGAACAAAAUAUCCGGACCAAUACCCACAUCAUUUGCAAACUGUUUGUGAAUUUGGCCAUGAAAUGUUGCCAAGACGAGACAGAUUCAAGACCU